UAUCGACUCGCUGAGAAGAUUGGUGUGGAUAAGGAUCUGGCUCUUCCAGCCAUCGCUGUGAUUGGAGACCAGAGCUCUGGGAAGAGCUCAGUAUUGGAGGCACUGUCCAGGGUGUCACUACCCAGAGGGAGUGGUAUUGUUACCCGGUGUCCUCUUGAAUUGAAGCUGAAGAAAGCCAAAGAGGACAAUGUGUGGAAGGGCAAACUGACGAAUGAAUAUUUUCAAGUGGACCUGACAGAUCCAUCAGAAGUAGAGAAAGAAAUCCAGGCAGCUCAGAACAUCAUGGCAGGUGAAGGAUUGGGAAUCAGUCAAGAAUUAAUCAGUCUGCAAAUUGAAUCUAGCAACGUUCCUGACCUGACGCUGAUAGAUCUACCAGGAAUUGCCAGAGUAGCCAUCGGGAACCAACCAGCAGAUAUUGGUGAUCAGAUAAGAACUGAAGACCUAAAGAAACAACAAGAAAACCAGGCAAAAAUGCAGCUGCAAAUUCAAUUCAAGAUUGAAAAUGUGAUGUAUGUGCAAGACAGCAUCUACCGUGAGAAACUGAUCAAAAAAAAGUCUGAAACCAAAGAAUUGGUAACUGCAUUAGCCAAAGAUUACUUUGAAGAUUCUAUUCAUUUGGAUUUUCAGUUUUGCCCAACAAUGAUGCCUCCAUCGAAGAAAUGGCAUUGCAUCUGAAGACAUACUACAAGGUUGCAACCAAUCGAUUGGCCAACCAGAUUCCCCUGAUAAUAGGCUAUUAUAUUCUGCAAGAGUUUGCCUCCAAGUGCAGAUUGAGAUGCUUCAGCUUUUACGGGAGAAGGAUCACAUUGACGAGUAUCUCCAUGAAGAGAGAUGCAUUGCUGAGAAUCGGAAGACCCUCAGAAAUAAACUGGAGCGGCUGACACAAGCUCAUGAUCAUCUGUCCAAGUUUUAUUGAAUUUAAUUGGAAAUCAAGAAGUAUUCCAAUUUGAACUUUCUAACCUUGAUGAUGUGACAGAGAGCCAGAAAUUAUUGAUGCAAAGAGCAGUCACACUACUCAUUGUAGAGUAUGGAAUCGAUUGCAUUAGCAAACUGGAUUAGAAGAUUUUGUUAGGAGCAGCAGCAAAUUGAUGAACCUUCUUUAUAUGUGUCUCAAUGUCCUUUUUGGUCUGCUAUAUAUUACACUUUUAACUCUUUAUGCUGUCCAAACUGAGUUGGUGCUAUCUUUUUGAAUUCCAAUUCUUCCUGAUGACCCUUCUUAACUUUAUGUUGUAAUUAGACAUUUUACUUUGCAUUUCCAUUUCACUCUUCUUUUCAUGGUAUCACAGUCAAUAUCUUAGUUUCUUGUGCAUGUGAGCCAUUGUGGAGCUUUUGAAGGGGGUUAAAAAAAAAGUCUUAAAGUCUUCAUCCUGUUUCUUUGGGAGCUUACAUCAAAAUAUACUAACUUGGCAGAGAAUGUUCUACUUGCUUGUCAAUAUUGUACACUGAAAGGAGAAAAUAUCAAAACAUAUGUUUACGUAUCGAGUCUUUUAUAUAAGUAAAGGAAGAGGA